ACGAUGUACACUAUACUACUUGUAGUAGCCUUUGUGUUGCCUUUCGUGCGAGCAAGAGAUGGUCCUAUCAUUAGCACCCCUUCCGGUGAAAUUCAAGGCACAGAAGAAUCUUGCGGUUUGUUUUGUACGUACUAUUCGUUCAGAGGAAUCCCGUACGCUCAGCCUCCGAUAGGAGAGCUGCGCUUCCGAAAUCCAGUCAGCCAUCCUGGCUGGGAUGGAGUGCGCGAUGGUAGUAGCCACGGUUCCGUUUGUCCGCAGGUUGGUAUCCUGCCCGGACAGGUUAUCGGUGAUGAGGAUUGUUUGUUUUUGAACAUAUACAGUAGGAGCUUGAUCGGAUUACGCCCGGUGAUGUUUUGGAUUCACGGUGGAGCGUUCAGUGCCGGUUCCGGAAAUAAUGAUGUUUACAAUGAGCAAAAGAUGAUAAUGGAGGAUAUUGUACUGGUGACGAUAAACUAUCGACUGGGGGCACUCGGAUUCCUAAGCACUGGGGAUCAGUACGCCCAAGGAAACUGGGGUUUGAAGGACUGCAUCGAAGCUCUUCGUUGGGUACAACGGAAUAUUGCUGCUUUUGGGGGAGAUCCGAACAGUGUUACUAUUGCUGGAAAUUCUGCCGGAGGCUCUCUAGUACAUUUCAUAUAUCUCUCCGGAAUGGCGGAUGGCUUAUUUCAUAAAGCGAUUGCUCAGAGUGGGGUCUCGUUGGUUCCGUUUGGUUUCCAGGAUAACCCAAGAUUCUUUGCUGACAGACUUGCAACAAAUCUACAACUAUCAACCGAUAGCUUAAGCUAUGUUCAGGAACUCAGAGGGUUGCCGGCACACAGCUUAGUUCCACUUCAGUACGAUCUGGUAACAAUUCCGGUUCCCAGAUACCUGCGGUCUAUGGAUUUUGCUCCAUCGGUAGAGCCAGCCAGCUCGCCAGAAGAAAGAGCUUUAACUGAUAAACCUAUGAAUCUUAUGCUAAGUGAUGAGAGCCAGGUUCCGCUGAUGCUGGGAUUUAACGAUAUCGAGGGAUCAUUCUUCACUACUCUGGAGCUGCUGGUUGAUUCGACCAUGUGGAGUCAAUUCAAUUCCAAUCCACAUCUACUGGUCCCCUAUUUCUGGAACAUCGCGGCAAGCACGUCAGCGUCAGCGAGUGUCAUCAAUGCCUUCCAGCAAUACUACUUCCAAGGCCAACCCAUUGGAGCGUCGCUAGAUUUCGAAUGGGCACAAUAUUACGGGGAUCACAUGUUUUCGUUUGCAAUCGAUUAUGCUGCCCGAUUCCAUGCCAACAGACAGACUCCGGUGUUUUACUACCAAUUUUCCUAUGACGGAGAUUUGAAUUUGUACAAGCAAAUGCUACAGAUUACCCACCCAGGAGCUGUCCAUACCGACGAAUUGCCUUAUUUGUUUGAAAUAGCUUCGCAGCUAGGUGUUACUAUUCCGCCAGCCAGACACGCCUUGACCGUGAGCAGCCGAAUGGUUCGGAUGUGGGCGAAUUUCGUUAAGUACGGCAAUCCUACUCCUGAAGCAGAUUCCCUUCUGCAGAACGUCGUUUGGCCUGAUAUUCAGGCGGGCACUAACAAUCCAGCGCUGCUAAACAUUGGACAAGAUUUAAUCAUUGAAGAUGCUUCCAGCUUGGGUAGGCUUUCGUUGUGGCACAAUCUGCAGGAGUCCUACGCUAAUAAUCCUUUUCUGUAAAAAUA